CAGAGCUGGCCUUUGCCAUAGACAGUCUCACAUUAUAUCCGCGUGAAAUUAAUGCAUCGAACUAACUCUCUCAACUGUAAAAGCUAUGUCGACAUAUCCAAUCUCAUUUGCUUUGGCUGGCCUCCCACUAUUAUAUAUUCUCAUGCACCUUGCUUUUAAGUUCCUCACACGCACAUCAUAUCUACCUUUCCAUCUUCUUGGUCAUUUUCAUUGCUUGCUAUCUUUAAGUUUUUAUUGCUAAAUUUGGGCCAAUGGUGAACAAAAUGUGGGCGGUGUGUGUGGUUGUGGUUUUGGCGUUGAACUUGUGGUGCAAUAUUGGGGUUAGAGCUGCACCACAAGUGCCUUGCUACUUCAUAUUUGGAGACUCCUUGGUCGAUAAUGGCAAUAAUAACCAGCUUCAGUCCUUGGCCAGAGCUGAUUAUUUGCCUUAUGGGAUCGACUUUGGUGGACCUACUGGAAGAUUUUCCAACGGCAAAACCACUGUUGAUGUUGUUGCUGAGCUUUUGGGUUUUGAUGAUUAUAUUCCACCCUAUGCAACUGCUAGAGGCCAAGACAUACUCAAAGGAGUAAACUUUGCAUCUGCAGCUGCUGGGAUUAGAGAGGAAACUGGACGUCAAUUGGGAGGCCGGAUUACAUUUAGUGGUCAGGUAAAGAAUUACCAGAACGUAGUGUCCCAAGUUGUAAACUUACUUGGCGAUGAGGACCAAGCUGCAAAUUAUCUGGGCAAAUGCAUAUACUCAGUUGGGUUAGGCAGCAACGAUUACCUCAACAACUAUUUCAUGCCACAAUUUUACUCCACCGGCAACCAAUUUACUACCGAGGAAUAUGCUACUUCUCUUAUCCAAGAUUACAGUCAGCAACUAAGGAUUUUGUACAAUUAUGGAGCAAGGAAGAUUGUGUUGUUUGGAAUUGGUCAAAUAGGUUGCAGUCCAAAUGAAUUGGCCCAAAAUAGCCCAGAUGGUGCAUCAUGCGUAGAAAAAAUAAACUCCGCAAACCAAAUUUUCAAUAGCAAGCUGAAGGCACUUGCCAAUGAAUUCAACACUAAUCUAUCAGAUGCAAGAGUUAUCUUCGUAGACUCUUAUGGCAUUUUCCAGGACAUAAUAACCAGCCCUGCACAAUAUGGAUUUAGAGUUACAAACGCAGGGUGCUGUGGGGUAGGGAGGAACAAUGGCCAAAUUACAUGUCUUCCUCUCCAAACUCCAUGCCAAAAUAGGAAUGAGUAUCUGUUUUGGGAUGCAUUUCAUCCAACUGAGGCCGGAAACAACGUCGUAGCAAGGAGAGCAUACAGCGCUGUUCGUCCCUCGGACGCUUACCCUGUCGAUAUUCGCCGGCUCGCUCUGCUUUAAUCAAAAACUCCUCCUGCACAUUUUGAAUCAAUGGUUGCAGUGACAUAUAAUCAUGCAUGCGCCAUAAGAUUCAAAAGAGAAAAAUAACUUAGCUACUAUAUAUAUAAACAUAUAUAUUAUAUAUAUCAUGCAUUACGUCAUGGUAUUCUUUGUUGCAGUGAUCUUGUUUGGUCUUUAGAAUUUUGAGAUGUUCAUCAAAUUUGUGAUCUUCUUCUUCUUGUGUACUGAAAGGUUUAAAUUAUAUCAAUACGAAAAUGAGUUUGUUUGGCUGUGAA